GCUUUUGCGUUUUCUACGUUCUCAGUCUGUUUGACUUCAUGAACGUAUAACUGCUAGAUAGCUAACCUUAUCAGUGGCCAGAGGUGUCUGUGUUUAGGGACUCUGGUGUGCGUACUUUGGGCUGAAAGCAAUCAUAGUCUCUUCUACCAUGGCAGGGAUUCUAGCGAGAUCGUUAUGGAGCAAAAAGGCACCACUUCGGAUGGGUCUCAUGUGUUAUUCAUCAUCAUCAGUGCCCACCACCAAGCUGUUCAUUGACGGCAAGUUUGUAGAGUCCAACACCUCAGAAUGGCUGGAUAUUCACAACCCUGCCACUAACGAGGUGGUGGGUCGCGUGCCCAAAGCCACCCAGACAGAGAUGUUAGCUGCAGUAGAGUCCUGCUCCAGGGCCUACGCCUCCUGGGCCGAGACCUCCAUCCUCACCCGCCAGCAGAUCUUCCUCCGAUACCAGCAGCUCAUCAAGGAAAACAUUAAAGAGCUAGCCAGGCUGAUCACCCUGGAGCAGGGCAAGACUCUGGCUGACGCGGAGGGAGACGUCUUCAGAGGAUUGCAGGUGGCAGAGCACGCCUGCAGCAUCACCUCCCUGAUGCUGGGGGAGACCCUGCCCUCCAUCGCCAAAGACAUGGAUACCUACACCUACCGCCUGCCCAUCGGGGUGUGUGCUGGUAUUGCCCCCUUCAACUUCCCUGCCAUGAUCCCUCUGUGGAUGUUCCCCAUGGGUAUGGUGUGUGGCAACACCUACCUGAUGAAGCCUUCCGAGCGCGUGCCAGGAUGCACCAUGCUGCUGGCCAAGCUGCUGCAGGACGCAGGGAUGCCCGACGGGACCCUGAACAUCAUCCAUGGACAGCACGCUGCUGUGAACUUCAUCUGUGACCACCCUGCCAUCAAGGCCAUCAGCUUCGUGGGCUCCAACCAGGCAGGAGAGUACAUCUACGAGAGAGGAUCCAAGAAUGGAAAGAGAGUGCAGUCCAACAUGGGAGCUAAGAACCACGGUGUGGUGAUGCCUGACGCAAACAAGGAGAACACUCUGAACCAGCUGGUGGGCGCGGCCUUCGGCGCUGCAGGACAGCGUUGUAUGGCUCUCUCAACCGCCAUUCUCGUAGGCGAGGCUCGUGAAUGGCUCCCAGAGCUGGUGGAGCGCUCCAAAGCCCUGCGCGUCAAUGCAGGUGACCAGCCGGGUGCCGACGUUGGUCCUCUGAUCUCCCCUGAAGCCAGGGCCCGUGUUGAAAUGUUGAUCCAGAGCGGCGUGGACGAGGGAGCUACGCUGCUGCUGGAUGGACGCAAUGUCCACGUCAAAGGAUACGAGAAUGGAAACUUUGUAGGGCCCACCAUCAUCGGCAACGUUACGCCAGCGAUGAAGUGCUAUACAGAGGAGAUCUUUGGGCCGGUGCUGGUUGUUCUGGAGGCUGACACUCUGGAUGAAGCSAUCUCCCUGGUCAACAACAACCAGUACGGCAACGGAACCGCCAUCUUCACCACCAACGGCGCCACCGCCCGCAAGUACACACACGAGGUGGAUGUCGGACAGAUUGGCGUGAACGUGCCCAUCCCUGUCCCCCUUCCCAUGUUCUCCUUCACUGGCUCCAGAGGUUCUUUCAGGGGCGACACCAACUUCUAUGGCAAACAGGGCAUCCAGUUCUACACUCAGAUCAAGACUGUUACAUCACAGUGGAAGGCCGAAGACGCCACCACGAAGAGCCCAGCCGUUACCAUGCCGACCAUGGGACGCUAAACGGAAUGUACACUUGUUAAUGUGGUGUUCUCUACCUGGCACGACGUUCUACAUACUGACUGACAUGCGUUAACAUUCAGAAGGGGUUAGCAGCCAAGGGGUACGAACAACUGAUAAGUCUAUUGCAGUCAUGGAAUAUGUUUUAUACAGAGUGUACUAUAUGAGAAAAGUUUUUGUAUUUGAGUUUGACCCUGUUACUGAAAU